AUGUUCGCCAGAUCAGUAUUCCGUCCCGCGAGGACUGCCGCCAGCCAUGUCCGCCGCUACGCCUCCGACGCCGCCGCAAAGUCUGGCUCAAACACUCUCCUCUACUCUGGUGUUGCUGCUGGUGCCGGUCUCGCUGGCUACAUGUACUCGCAGCGUGCCCAGGCUGAGGGCCAGCACGGCAACACCAACGAGAGCGGUGCUUACGGUCAGCCCGCCUCAAAGACCGAGGAGGGCAACAUCCCCAAGCAGGCUGCCGACCCUUCCAAGUGCUUCACUGGCGGCGACCAGGGCUUCGUCAGCUUGAAGCUGAUGGAGAGCGAAGUCAUCAACCACAACACAAAGAGACUGCGUUUCCACCUUCCUGAGGAGGGCGCUGUUUCUGGUCUUACCAUCGCCUCCGCUCUGAUCACCAAGUACAAGGGUCCCGAGAUGGAGAAGCCUGUCAUCCGCCCCUACACUCCCGUCAGUGAUGAAGAUACCGUCGGCUACCUCGACUUCAUUGUCAAGAAGUACCCUGGUGGUCCCAUGUCCGAGCACCUUCACAACAUGGAGCCUGGACAGCGCCUCGACAUGAAGGGUCCCAUUCCCAAGUACCCCUGGGAGGAGAACAAGCACGACCACAUCGCCUUGAUCGCUGGUGGCACCGGCAUCACCCCCAUGUACCAGCUCGCCCGCGCAAUCUUCAAGAACCCCAACGACAACACAAAGGUCACUCUUGUUUUCGGUAACGUCUCCGAGGAGGACGUUCUUCUCAAGCGCGAAUGGGAGGACCUCGAGAACAAGUACCCCAACCGCAUGCGUGCCUUCUACACUCUCGACAACNCCCCAGAGGACUGGCCCGGCCCGAAGGGUAUGAUCACCAAGGACCUCCUCAAGACUGUCCUGCCCGAUCCUAGCAAGGAGAACAUCAAGGUCUUCGUCUGCGGUCCUCCUGGCAUGUACAAGGCUAUUGCUGGCCCCAAGAAGAGCCCCAAGGACCAGGGUGAUUUGACCGGUAUGCUCGCCGAGCUUGGCUACAACAAGGACCAGGUUUACAAGUUCUAA